CUCGUUAACAGUUUUGAUGCAGCUGUGCCUCCUUCCUUCCCUCCCUCUUUUAUAUUUCUGCACUCUAUCUUCUUUUCAAAUUUUAACCUCCAAUUUCCCAUACAUAAUUCAUUUACCAGAAUUACCCAUUUUACAUAUACCGUUAACUCGUCAUGUCGGUCGUCUCUCUCCUUGGGGUUAAACUCCUCAACAACCCGGCUACGUUCCUAGCGCCCUACCAAUUUGAGAUCACUUUCGAGUGUCUAGAACAACUCCAAAAAGAUCUGGAAUGGAAGCUCACCUAUGUCGGUUCGGCAACUUCUUCUGAAUAUGAUCAAGAAUUGGAUUCCGUGCUUGUUGGACCCAUUCCCGUCGGUGUCAACAAGUUCAUCUUCGAGGUUAACCCUCCGGACCUCAAACGGAUCCCUGAUUCCGACAUCCUUGGAGUUACUGUAAUCCUCCUCACCUGCAGCUACGAUGGCAGAGAGUUCGUCCGUGUGGGAUACUACGUGAACAACGAAUAUGACAGCGAGGAGCUUCGGGCGGAACCCCCAGCGAAGCCAAUCAUCGAACGGAUCACCCGAAACAUCCUUGCUGAGAAGCCCCGUGUGACCAGGUUCGCAAUUAAGUGGGAUUCCGAAGAGUCUGCUCCGGCUGAAUAUCCGCCCGAUCAACCCGAGGCCGACAAUCUAGAUGAUGACAGCAAUGCCUACGGUGCUGAAGAGACCGAACUUGAAGCCGCUCUGUUUAAAGAACUCAAGGAUACCGAGUCGCAAGAGCCCAAGGGCGAGGAUCAUGAAAUGGAAGGCGCUGAACCUGUCACUGGCGAGGAGGAAGAAAUUUCCGAUGGUGAGAGUGAGGAUAUCGAGGAUGAAAGUGAUGAUGAUGACGAAGAAGAUGAGGAGGAGGGAGCUGAUGGUGAAGAGGAUAUCGAAAUGGGCGAUGACUCGGAGCAACACAAAGCGGCACCUGGACCUCAGCAGCAAGCCGACGUUAUGGUCCACUAAAUCGAUGAGGUAGGAUGGGGAUUUUUGUUUGUUUCCUUUUUGAAUGAUUUACGAUUUGGUUUGCGACGUUUCAUGACAUCGGAACUGCCCGAGCCUAUUAUAUAUUUUCAAGGCCGGCAGUACUAUAUACUUUAUGAGAUAGAAAGGUAUAAUUUAAACAUUGAGUAGUUACUUCUCUUUGGGA